ACACAUAAUUACAGUGUAAUGGCAGUGCUGCUGCUGUUCUUUAUAGGCUUUCUCUGAUAAUAUGCAUAGUGUGUUGUUCCAGCGUCGCCUCCAAAUACAAUAUCUGUUGAACAUAUAGUGAUCGUAUGACUGCAGUGUUACCAUGGCACCACGUGUAAGCAGGAGAUGCUGAGCUGGAAUCUGACCAGUGACGGUUAGAUGGUUUGAUUGGAUUUAAGGAAAUCAAAUCUGGCAUUGUUCUUCCCCUGGAGUCCGUCUUUCCCCCAAAUGAAGUUACAUUUUGAGUUAUUUCGGUGAAAGAUGCUGAAAAGUAUUUUGGUUAAAGUUAGGACAUUUUAAUUCAGUUAAGGUUUGAGUGAGUUUUAUGUUAUAGUUAUUGUUUAUUGGGAUUUAAUAUAAUAGAGGCUUAUUUUUGUACUUGGAUAAUUUGUUAUGAGGAUCCACAGCGUUUACAUAAGUCUGGUCAAUUUUGGACAUAACCGAUCUUAUCAAUGUCCCUUGUCGCAGAUCUUUCUCUCUUUGUCCACAUAUUAACUGUUUGACACUAAACAACAGCAUAAAGGUAAAGCUGAUAUAAAAAGCUGUUAAAAUACACAGGAGAUACUCAAAUGGCCGUACUUUACAACUGUCUAAAAUGUCCUCAUUAAAUGUGUCACAUAUCACAGACAAUGGUUAGAUAUCCUGAGCUGUUGUUGUGAUGAAAAGCUGAUCCCGUUUACUUCAGAGGCAGCUGUUGCUUUGGUGCAGUCACAUCCCAACAGCAUCGUGCAACAACUGUCAGAGGUGUGCAGUUGAUUAAAAUUUUACCCAUGGGAUUAUUGAGUUGGUAUACCGAGUACUUAUGAGGUCAAGCGAGCAGGAGCUUAGCUCAGUAAUCUUUAAUUCCCUCUCUGAUGGGCUUUUCUUGGCACUUUCUACACAUGACAGCGCUCCUGUUAUUUUAGCACCUCUGGAAAUCACCAUGAAAAGCUUCUCUUUGAAGACUGUUUAAUUUUUAAAUAAAUAAUUAUGAAAAACAUUAAAACUGUAUAAACCUGCUCAAACCUUUAUUAACAUUAAGGUGGAACCAAACGCAGCAGUCUUUUAAAAUGAGUUUCAUAACAGAGGCAGCAGAUUCUACACUUCACUCGGAGAGAGGCGCCACUCUGCGUUGUUGUCGUCUCGUGACAGUGUGAAGAAUUCAAUUAUGAAAAGGUAUUUUUGCCUGCUAAAUUUUGCAGCCAGUUGCUCAUCCAGCAGUAACUCAAUCAAACACUGAACCAAACUUGUAACAUGCUCAGUUAUCAGACAGCCAUACAGAUAACAAGUUCAUCAGUUCGAACUGCUUAAAGUUGUUUCUCCUUCAGGCCGCGGCAGUUAGAACGUUAGAGUGGCUCUGACCUCCUUUUCUCCAGCUCGUCUGAAGGAGAUCGAGGGGAGGACUUAAGCAGGAGGGAAAAUAAAUGUCCUGCUGCGGAGGCCAGCCAACAUUCCUACAUCACUUCCUCUUCUAACAUCUGGCAAUGAUCAGGGCAAGCAGAGAGAAAGAGAGGAUGCAUCUUACUGGCUGGCUUAGUGUUCAUUUCCAGGCGCGGACAGUGAGGCAUCACAUUGCAAGACCGCCCACUCAACCUCAUUCCCCCUACUAGCAAAACAAAACGAAGCAAGAUGGAUUCAUUCGACUCAGUGUAUCUCUACCAGUGUUUCCACUUUACCUGUGACUCGACUGCGUUCCUUUAUUGCUUUCAUACAGCUUUUUAUGUCAUGCUGCAAAGAAUCACAUUUUAUUUACUUGUCUGCUUCUGUAAGUAAUAAAUCUGUGAAUAAUUGAAGAAACAAGAAAAAACACUUAUUUUCUCUCCUCUUUUUCCUGUCUCAGGAUGGCCUAGCUGUGUUGUGUUGUCUGCAGUCUAUCAGCAGUGAGCUACCUGGACCAGAGGUGUGUACCAGAGGCAGCAGCAGGUUGCAAAGAUGAGCGUGACCUCCUGGUUCCUGGUGAGCAGUGGGGGGACUCGCCACAGACUCCCCCGGGAAAUGAUCUUUGUCGGCCGGGAUGACUGCGAGCUCAUGCUUCAGUCCCGCAGCGUGGAUAAGCAGCAUGCAGUCAUCAACUACGAGGCUGGGACUGACGAACACAAGGUCAAGGACCUGGGCAGCCUGAAUGGGACCUUUGUAAAUGAUGUCCGCAUCCAGGAGCAGAUGUACAUCACUCUGAAGUUGGAGGACAAGCUGAGAUUUGGAUAUGAUACCAACCUGUUCACGGUGGUGAGAGGAGAGCUCACUGUGCCUGAAGAGGCUCUAAAGCAUGAAAAGUUCACUAGCGGCCUCCAGCUCAGCAAGAAGCCGUCCAACGGUGAAACCACUACCACCACAACCACAAGCAAGUCUCCCGCUAAGACCCCAACAAAGACACUGAAAUGCCCAAGUGGCAGCACACUUAGGCCAGCGGAGAGUAGAGCAACAGACGGGGUCCCUUCCUCCAAAGAGCACCAAGCUAAACCUGUGGACACUCAAAAAGCAGAUGAGAGGAUAGGAGGGGAUGUUACAGCGCUGCCUCGUGGGACCCCCCUGUAUGGCCAGCCGUCUUGGUGGGGGGAUGGGGAUGCAGAUGAUGAGAACUCCUUCAAACAGGAAACCAAGUCAUCCAACAAAAAACAUGACAGCUCCAUUUCAGACAGCAAAGAGGUACGUAGAGGGGAGAAAGCUAAAGAGGACGGCCUUCAUGCAUCUGCUGCCCACGAUUCCAGUUACUUUGAAAUCCCUACCAAGGAGGGUCACAUGGCCAGUAACGGCAUCCAUGAGAUUCCCACCAAGGACACGGAGGACAGUGCUACUCAUACUACAGCUCAAGGUCACGCCUCCUUCACUAUAGAGUUUGACAAUACCUCUCCUGGGAAAGUCACCAUUAAAGACCAUGUGUCAAAGUUCACACCCGACCACCACAGACCUCGCUCCAAGAAGAGUGGCGCAGGAAGUGGAGGAGCAGGAGGGAGGGACUUGAGCACACUGCAAGCCGCUAUGAUGGCAUCGGAGAGCAAGGUGGCCGAUUGGCUGGCCCAGAACGACCCCACUCUGGUGCGCAGCGAGUCAACGGAGGACGACAGCAAGAGCAUCAAGAGCGACGUGCCGGUCCAUCUCAAAAGGCUAAAAGGCAGCAAGCAUGAGGAUGGCACCCAGAGUGACUCAGAGAAUGGAGUGGGCCUGCGUUUCGCCAACCGCCGUCAUGCCCUCGAGGAACGCCUAAAAGCAGCGCACAGCCACGUGGGAGGAGGAGCCGGAGGAGCAGGAGGGGGGAGCAUAACAGUGAGCGGGUCCAGAGCCACUGGCUCCCGCACUGCUUUCAUGAUUGAGUUCUACGAUGAGGAAAACCCUCGCAAGCGCCGGUCGUAUUCAUUUUCCCAGACUGCACCCCUGCAGGGUGUAGGAGCUGGUGGGGAGGGACUGUGUCCCCAGCCGCCAUCUCACCCCAAGGUGUUCAGCAUUUCCACCUCUGCUACUACAGCCUCAGACUCAGGUAAGGUCCCAGCUCCGAUACCGGCUACAGUUACUGCAGGUGCCCCAACAGCUGCUCGCGUUCUACUCAAGCAGAGGUCAGAGGACCCGAGUAUCGGCCGCAGUUCAGCCAGUACCGGGCUGGCAACAGGUAGCCCUACCAGCCCCAGCGAGGACGCCUCAGUUAUUGGAAGAGGAGCGGGAACUGCUGCAGGAGAGGCAGAGGACGACCACAGUGAUAAGGGGACAUACACUAUCGAACUGGAGAACAGAAACCCUGAAGAAGAGGAGGCCAGGCGCAUGAUAGACAAGGUGUUUGGUGUGCAGCAGAACCAGGACUCUUCUUUUCUGUCAGACCUGAAAGAAGGAAAAGGGAAGGAAACAGGAGAGACAGGGAAAGAGGCUGACUCGAGCUGGGUUUCUCAGUGGGCCAGUCUUGCUGCCAAUCACACCAGGACAGACCCAGAGGGCUCAGGAGCAGAAACAGCCACCUUCCUGCACAAAGAGAGAGCUGAUGCCUUUGAGUCUGGCUCGUCCCUCAGCAGAGGUGAAUCCUCCUCCAGUUUGACCGACCGUAAGCGCAGGACCCUCCCCCAGCUCCCAGUGGAUGACCCCCGUGCCAAAUCCAGCAGCAAAGCUCUGGGACUGAGGUCAGAAAUUGGGGAGAAACAGGACACUGAACCCCAGGAAAAAGAGAACAAGGGAGACGGGGAGUCCCCAACUCCCGCUGGGGACGUUGAGAUGACCAGUAAACGGAAACAAAGCUCCACAUCUUCUCCAUCCAAGGCUCCUCUCCGGACCUCUGGCAGCACUGAGCGGAGGAAGAGGUCAGAGGAGAGGAAAGGAGGUGGUGGGGCAGGAGAGGCAGGGGAGAAGUCUGGGAAGCCUCUAGUGCGCCAGGGCAGCUUCACAAUUGAGAAGCCCAGCGCUAAUGUCCCCGCAGAGCUCAUCCCACGCAUCAACAGAGGCAGCAAUGGACGUGAACGCAGUGACUCUGUGGGCAGCAUGGAUACUGCUACGCUCUUGAAGGACACGGAAGCUGUCAUGGCGUUCCUGGAGGCCAAACUAAGAGAUGAAAACAAACUGGACCAGAAAAGCAGUAAAACUGGCAUCACAUCUCAGGGUUCAGGCUCAGGCUUCCCCUCUCGGACUGACUCCAUCUCUCCUGAGUCAGAUGUGGACACGGCCAGUACAGCUAGUCAUGUGGCUGGAGAGGUAGAGAGGAAAGCAUCAGCUAGUAGCGAGCAGAAACGACGCUCCUUCAGCAGCUUGCACCGGGAGAAGAGUAACAUCAGCACAGCUUCCAAGGCCAGCGUCACUAACGCAAGCGCCCGUGAACGCUUGGAGAGGAAAUCUAAAACAAGAACUGCAGAGGCGACGAGUCGGACGGAUGCACGCCGCUCUGUUCAGCCGUCCUCUGCCUCCUCCAGAGCACGCCAGCCUUCUCUGGAUCUCACCGAUGAUGACCAGACUUCUUCCUUCCCCAUCUCCGACAUCCUCUCCUCAGACCAGGAGACCUACUCCGGACCUUUGGGGCAUUCCAAACUCGAUAGCAGGUCUGCUAAAACCUCCACCAGUGGAUCCUCCAAAACCAGCCGCACUCUUCAGGCAGCCACAACCUCCUCCCUGAACAAGCAGGCCUCACUGCCUCAGCCGCGACCCACAAGAGCCUCUCUUCUCCGCCGCGCCCGGCUUGGGGAUACGUCUGACACGGAUCUAGCUGACGCAGACAGGGUGUCUGUCGCUUCUGAGGUGUCCACCACCAGCUCCACCUCUAAGCCGCCAUCUGGUCGGAAGGGACUGUCACGACUGGACAUGCUUGCUCAGCCGCGUCGGAACCGCCUGGGCUCCAUCUCAGCCCGCAGUGACUCAGAGUGUACAAUGACACGGAGCUCCACCUCUUCACCCCGCCUGUCCGCUGAAACGGCUCUGCGUCUAGGUUUGCGCUCAUCAACACCAACAGAGAACCGGCUGACACCCAGGAUGAGGGCCAACAGCGUGUCCAAACUGAAUGAGACCAAGACUAAGACCACUACAUCUGGAUACUGCUCGCCCACAGAGAGCUCUCAGCCCGAACCUGAGGGCGGAGAUGCAGAGGACGAGCUGAUGGUGUCCAGUAGCAGCAGGUGGAGACGUCUUCCGCCAGAGUAUGGCUCCACUUCAGAGGAAGAGUUUGGCUCCAACCGGAAUUCUCCAAAGCAUGGAGGACGCUCCCACAUGCGGCCUCAUCACCUCGUCCCACACCGCAGCUCGAGACUCAGCACCACCGCGAGCCCAGGCUCUGGCGUGGUGACGGGUCCGGGGGGAGUGGGGGUCAAACACCGCAUGAAAGAGCAAGAGGAGUAUAUCAGGGACUGGACAGCACACAGCGAGGAAAUAGCCAGGUUAUUCCCAUGUGUGCGCAGGAUCAGCCAGGACCUGGCUAAGGACUUGGCCAUCUUGGCUCGUGAGAUCCACGAUGUGGCUGGUGAGAUUGACUCAGUCAGCUCAUCCGGCACGGCACCCAGCACCACCGUCAGCACCGCCGCCACCACCCCGGGAUCGGCCAUCGACACCCGGGAAGAGGUAGGCCCUGCACGUCCCACGCAGCCGGAUAUACAGGAGAGCAUGAGAAAGUUGGUGGACAGGGUGUUUGAUGAGAGCCUCAACUUCAGGAAGAUCCCUCCUGUGAUUUCAACCAAUAAGGCACCAGAGAUCAACGGUAAACCGGUGGAGCUCCGCCCCCGUGCUCCUGACAGUCUGGAGCCCCGAGCUCUGAGGAGACGCACCUGGAACCGAGAGGAGGCGGUGUUGGACAGCCUGCUGCUCAAUUCAGUUUCUCAGCUGUCCACCAAGAUCAGAAGCUCUGUUGACAAAACAGCAGGAAAAAUCCGGAUACUGUUUAAGGAUAAGGACAGGAACUGGGAUGAAAUUGAGAAUAAGCUGCGAUCGGAGAGUGACAUACCACUCCUGAAAACCUCCAACAAGGAGAUCUCUUCAAUUCUGCUCGAACUGAAGAGAGUUGAGAAGCAGCUUCAAGUGAUCAAUGUGAUGGUAGACCCGGAUGGGACUCUGGACGCCCUCGCCAGUCUCGGCCUAACCAGCCCCACCACCCCUACCAAGCCCCAAACUGCCAAAACAACGUCCCCCUCUGCCACCAGCCCUGGGUCUGCGCCCCCAGCCAAAGAAUCACUGCCGGAGAUCCUUCCUGGGCCCGGAGGAUCAACAGCCAGGGUUCAGGCUUCCUCUGCCAGCACAGAGGAGACCGCACGAGACCCCAGCGCGGGUCUGGGUUUAACAGGAGUCGGAGGAUUGCCCUUCAACCGUAGGCGGCCAAGCGGAGAAGAGGCCAUCGCACAGAAGUGAACAGAAAGUGUCCCUCAAAUCAACAUUAUGUGAAUAAACACGAGUCUGGAUUGGAGUGCAGGUGGCUGGUGAUCUGUGUUCACAGCAAUGAAGCAGGUGUGGAAACAUUUAAACAGUUUUUCUCACAGAACAGUUGCCAUUCUGCUGACUAUACCAGUAGAGGAUUAUGGGUAUAAUAUAAACAUAAUUUAGCUUAAGUGUUACCAGAGAUGAAGGCCGGGAAUGAAGUGCUUCAGCUGACCUUUAGACCCCAUCUGAUGCAUCGUGGAUCUGCCCCUGGAACUGAGAUUCACCCAUGAAGGAUUUUUGAUAGAGUCAUAUUAUGAGCUGCUCAUGCUUACUGGUCAACCUGACUUUCUUCUCUCUCAGUGGACAGAUCUCUGUGGUUGUACAGUCUCCACUCUCCUCCAGUAUUCUCCUCUUGCCUUCUCCAUGUGUCUGGACCCUACCUACACUAAGGACAUGCCUUAAAACACAUCCUCGAUAGUAGCAGCCCGUUCCCUCGAAUAAUAUACAACUUUUAAGACUUUAUUACAGUUCUUUCAGACCAACAGAAUGCAUUGUAAAAUAACACUUGCAAAAUAUGUUCUAUUUACACUAUGAGGAAAUACAGUACACUGCAAUGAUUUACUAGCUCUUGUUCAGUAUAAGAAUAUUUCAGCAGCCUUAAUUAACCACCCUGAUAAACCACACAGUCACACAGCUGGCUUCAUACCUGCAACAGUUCACAAAUCAAGCAGAAUUGCAGAUGUUUUAGAUACUUCACAACUCUAACCGUCCAUUGAUGCAUCUCUCAAACUGACUCUGCUGAAAAGGAUUUGUAGUGCCUCCCUCACCAUCUCUGUGCUCACCUAGCUCUCCUCCACCCAUUAUGUUUUACUCUCCCCUUCCCUUCUCUCCCAAUAGUCGAAAAAGUGUUGCACAAAGUUUGUCACUUCAGUAGCAUGUACAGGGCCGAGCUGAGAGCUUUCUUCCUGCAAGUUGGUGUCUGUGUUGAUCUUACUAAUACUGAAUGGUAGUUUUACACAAUAGUAAAAGCCUUUGGGAAACCAAUGAUCAUUUUCAAAAUAAUCACUUACCAAAGUUAAACAAGUUUAUUGACCAUGUCAUUUUCUAGAAAUUCAUCUGUUGUGCAAAAGCCUGAGAAUCGCUCUCUCAAAUACGGCAGUUCAUCUCAUGUGUCUCUCCUUCCUCUCUGAAUGUCAAGACCAUUUUUCUGUCAACAAAUCAAAGAAUGAAAAAGCUUAUUUAUUAUAAGGAAACACUAGUUUAAUCAUUGCUGCCGUAUCUGUUUAGCCCACGUGACAUGACGUGAGAGAAGCAGUGCCCUUAGCUUCAUCCACUCAAGUGUCCUAUGAUUUCCAAUUGGCUUUUUUCUACUUUUUCCAGCCACGGGUGAUGUGACUUAUUUUUAAACUUAGCAACGAUGAGCAAAGAAAAGAACUGUUUAAACUAAAUAUUUUAUAAUAUUUAGAUACUGGUAUUGUAAAUAUUGUAGACCUUUACUUUUUAAUGCUUUGCAUUUCUUUGUCUGUCACUAAUGAGUUUGAGCUCACGUAUGCACAAAACCUGAACAUGGAAAAGAUUGAAUUAAUGUCUGAACAUGGGCAACUUACAAUGAGGCCUUUUGGGGGUCAAAAUGUUUCUUUGAGGAACAUCAGUGAGUAGAAAUGAAGACAUCUUUGACAAUACUAUAAGCUCCCCAUUUAUUUUAUGAAUUUCACUUGUAACAUGGCGUCAUAUCAGUGUAUAUAGUUUUGCAUUGUUCCACUAAGGGGGGGAAGUUCCAGUGUACUGAAACUACAAUUUCAGAGACAGUAUAGUUAACCUCUUUCUCAUUGACUUUGCUGCUUUUCUAGUUACUUUAUGGGGACUAACCAUUUUCUGAAUCUCUCUUCAGCUUGUAGUCUGUGUUCUAGAGUAAGAUGACAAGGCAGUAUAUUAGUACUUAGAUACUCUUGCAAUAGUGAAUUUAGGUACCAGAAUACAUGUUCAUUUCCUUCUCUCUAUACUGUACUGUACAAUGUUUUUCAAUGCCUCAAAGUGCCCAUUUUGACUAUAGGAGGGCAUUGAUUAAUAGAAAAGAUGUAGUUGUCUAAAAGAUAUUUCUCUUAUUUUGCACAUCAGAUUGUGGUGUUUUUUCGUACAGAAGUAGUGAAGAAGCAGUGAAAGGCUGCAUCAAAUGUCAAAUGGUUGGACAAAGAAUGAUAUCACUUUGCCUGAUAUCAGAAGUGAAUGCCUUGCCUCUCUGGAACUAUUCUGUCUGUACAAAUGAAGCCUCUAAUCAUGUUUUUUUCUCUCUCUCCCCAUGUUGUAUUAAAAAAAUGAAAUUAGGGGACUGUGAAUGCUAGGUACAUGUUUAUUUUUGAAAUUCUACAUGUGUCAUCUGAUCAGUGUUCUUUAUCUUUUUUUUUUUCUUGUCAUUUUUGUAAAGAAAAACCACCAUUUUAUUUAUUUUUUGUUUAAUAUUUUAUGGAUGUUUCAUGCAUUUUAUAUUUGUUCAACUACCUGCAUUGUUUCUUACUGUUAAUAAAAGAGAGCCAUUCA